GAAGUGCACAUUAUAGUACUUUAAAACAGUGUGAUCUACAAACCCAUGAGGAAAUAAACAGUGACUGUCUUAAUAGGGAUGGAAAAAUUAAAAAGAAUAAUCAGAAUAUGAAAAAUGAAAAUGCAUACGUGUUUGUUUAUUCUCAUCUUGGCCGAAGGUGUCAACUCAAUAACCGUGACAACACAACCAGAGCUUAAUGUGACACUCGGUUCAAAUACACCAAUUAUUUUGAAUUGUACAUACCCAACAGAUAUUUCUGUAAGAACAAUGAUAUGGAAAAAGUUAUUUGAUGGCGUUUACAAGGACUUGGCAGAAUUCGGUGAAGGUCGUGCGUAUUUUGCCAUUGAUGGGGUUUACUUGAGCAAUAGAUCUAAUCUCAUCAAUCCAAUUAACGGUUCUACGAGUUUUGUUCUGGUAAUCAAUGACGUCAUGUGUGAGGAUGAUGGACAGUACCAAUGUCUUGUGAAGUACAUAGAUGGAGUUAUUGCAAAACAAGCUAGAAAUGAAACAACAGUCUUUUUACAAGUGGGAGCAGAGCAGCCAACAAAUUUCGAGUUAUACAAAAAUGACACGCUGAAAGAAAAGGACGCAGUAUUUUUGUCUUGUUCUGCAAAUGUUGGAAACCCUGGUGGAUUUGUUGCUAUAUGGAAGCUAAAUAAGUUGUCAAAUCAACUGGUUCUUUUGAAUCGGUCAAGUGAAGUAAAUGAAAAGACUGAUAAUUGCACGGCGAUUGCAAACUUCAACAUAACUUACAGAGUUUCCCGGGAUGACAACGGUGCGAUUUUCAGAUGUAUUUCACAAAAUAGACAAACACAAGAACCUGCUCCUCAUAAAGACACAGAAGCAAUUGAUGUUCAGUAUGGCCCCUACAAUGUAACAAUUGAAAGUCCGUCUUCUGAUCAGGAUUUACGUACUGGAGCAAAUGUUAAUCUCACUUGUAUUUCCGAUGGAAAUCCAACACCAACUUUCAAAUGGAAAUUUAAUUCUAGCAACGUUUUUAUUGACAAAAGACACUCUCUCACUCCGGACAACAGAACACUUAUCCUUAAAAAUAUGAUUUUCAACGACAGUGGAAUUUAUUCGUGUUUUGUCUCAAAUGUAGUGGAUAAAGAAAUGCGGGAGAUAUCAUCAAAUGUUUCCCUUAAAGUCAAUGAAGAACAAAUAGGUGUCGUCGAAACGUUACCAGCAACCUGUGACAAAAUCCAGUGUCAAACAUCGGAAAUCUGCUCAGUAGUAAAUGGAAUAGCCGACUGCAAAGUUAACCAUUGGUUUUUUGUCACAAUUGUAUUUAUUUUCUUGACUUUAUUGUUCAUGGUGACAACAAUUGUGGGUGUAAGACGCAAUAGACUCAACAAUAGUUCUAUCAACUUCAAUGGCGCUUUAAAAUCUAGUGACCAUUCCAAGUCAAAAACCAAUGAUUACGACUUUGAUGGAUAUUCAGACCCAAAGGAUGUGACUAAACUAUGCCAGAACACCGAGAAGAGUGAAUCUGAAAAUGUAACCUAUGCAGACCCUGUUGACAAUCAGUAUGCUUCUGUCCAGAAAAACUCUACAGAGCCCUCGAAACCUCCCAAUGUAUAUGAUGGUGCUUGGGUCUGAUAUUUUUGCACAAACAAAAAGUAAGGAGUGUGUCAUUGUUAUCUAUAUGAACAUUGGUCUUCAAUUAGAAAUAGCACUUUUUGUUUGCAGUAACUCAAAAGGAGGAAGAUUUGUACACAAUUAAUCAAAACUUGAACAUUGAAUGUUAUAUAGGCAUACAUUGUUCUAUAACUUAAAUUGACUUUUAAGCUCGUUUGAGCAUUUCUUUCAAAACCAUCUAUUUUUCUUAAUUUUUUAACAUUAAAAUGGGUUUUUGUAUGAAUAUGCAUAUGAAUAUUUGCAGAAUAUGUUUUAAUUUUAAAUACGUCUUAGAUUGUUUUCACUGGAAUCAAAGUCCUUUGCUUUAUUUAUGCAAGUUUCUUGAUAACAAUGAAUACUCAGCUGCGAUUUUGAUGGAUUAAUCAAAGGCUUUUGACUGCCUUCCUCAUGAUCUGCUCCUCUUAAAACUAAAAGCAUAUGGCCUGUCCAAGCAUCAGAUUUGUUAAAAAGCUAUCUAUCAAAUAGGAAACUGUGUUAAGAUUGGUUCCCAUUUAAGUGAAAUGUUGGAUAUUCUGAAAGGUGUUACGCAAGGAUCCAUUCUUGGACCUGUAUUUUUUUAUGUUUUCAUUUAUAACCUGUUCUUUUUUGUUAAAAACUGCACCCUCUAUAAUUAUGCAGACGACAAUUCCCUAGCAAAAUCUCAGAAAACUUUACAAAAUGUUAUAAACUCUUUACAGGAGUACAGUCUAUCUCUUAUUAAAUAGUUCUCAAAUAAUAAAAUGAAGGCAAAUCCUGAAAAGUUCCAAGCAAUCGCAAUUGGGGCAAAAACGCAAAAAUAACAAAUCUCUUUUGACCUCGAAAAUGUUAUCAUCGAAUGUGAAAAUAAAGUUAAACUUUUAGGAAUUACGAUUGAUUUUCAAUUAAAUAUUAACACUCAUAUUUCAGAGAUGUGUAUAAGGAGGCGGCAAGAAUUAAAUGUUUUAAAACUGAUUGGGAAAUAUCUGAAUAGAUUGUGAAAGCUUACUAUAUACCAUAGUUUUAUUAUGUCAAAGUUUAGUUAUUGUUCACUGACUUGGCACUUUUGUAGUGAGAAAUAUACUCAAAAAAUUGAGAAAAUUCAGUUAAGAGCGCUGCGUUUUAUUUUUAAUGACUGUGAAAGUUUAUAUGGAAAACUAUUGGAAAGAUCAAAAUCACCCUCCCUAAAGACCAGAUGAAUGAGAUUACUGGCAUUAGAAAUAUUUAAAAUCAUCAACAAAAAGAGCCCACUCUUUCUCCCAGAUCUGGUUAAAGUUAAAGAAAACAUAUAAUUUUAGGUAUUCAAAAGCCACAGAAAUUUCUAGACCCAAAACUACAAGGUAUGGAAAAUGUUCUUUCAGAUAUGAGGCAGCAAGGACAUGGAAUACUCUUCCUAAUGAUAUUCGAAACACUCACAACAUCCCUUAAUUUAUUCAAGAACAAUAUAUAUAUAUAUAUAUAUAUAUAUAUAUAUAUAUAUAUA